AUGGAUGAUGAGGCUGAAGUUGCGUCUGCGCGUGUUACACGCGCGCAUGGUUCCACGUCCAGCGUGGAUCGGGCGUCAAGGCAGAAGGAGGAGGAGGGGGAGGGGGAGGAGGAGGAGGAGGAGGAGGAGGAGGAGGAAGAGGAGGAAGAGGAAUCUUGGAUCUCAUGUAAUUUAGAGUGCUAUAGGGGUCGGCGUAGAAAGGAACUAUUCUGGCCUAACAUUCAGCUCUCAGCAGUACUAACUUGUCUUGAAAGUUAAAAACCUUUCUGGUCACAACCAUUACCAAUAGUGCGAAAACGGGUUUAAACUGCAUAACCUUAUCCCCAAGACAAAUGAUGAAUACUCAUCGCCGUCUUGCAAUCGGAGUACAUCGGGGCAAGUCACCGUCAGAUUAUGACAGCCACGUUGAGAACAAGACUUUUCAGUCGUAGUGGAUCUUUUGUGGAAUCAGUAGACGACAAUGCCCUGUACUUAUAGUUAAAAACCAAUUUUAAGGUAGCAGCAUCAGGUAAAACCCCUUUGUAGUAACUCCAAAACAAUAAUCAUGCUCUGGACGUCUAAGAAAGAUCCGAUUUUGCGUCUAGAAGAAUUUUCCGGUUGAAGAAUCGUUAAAAUUGCAGCGUUUUUUUUUACAAGAGAGUGAAGUGUUCUACCAGACUGCGAUCGACAAAGUGCAGUUCCGAGCGAAAUAUUUAAAAAAAUUCAGAGUGGACUGUUAAGGUGCUUGAAACUCGAAAAAUAAGGUUUGAAUAAAACACAAGGAAUGCGUCUCGCAGACGACGGCUCAGGUUGAAAAACUUCUUGUUCGUUACGCAAUACCACGGUGUGUAGGGUGACAGUGACACAUGACAGACACCAGAACUCAGACGCAUGGCUGGCCGCCGUAAGCGGAGGCCCAGGGAAAACAGACUUUUGUCUAGGUUCACCGUGAACCAUUUAACACGGCACAUGUGCAGCUCGCGUGCAAGCGAUCACAAAGUCAUGAUUCAACGUACUGACAGCACGGAUGCUAGUUUAAAGCCCAUACACGCGUGUUUCGCCGAUAUUCUGACGCUGUGCAGCACAGUUCCGGCUCAUCGGUCGGUCUCCCAACGUCCCACCUGCAUGUGCUUUCGGGUAUACGCUCCAGUUUUCGGAAAAGGGCAAAAGGUUGGGUCAUUCCAGCUCGACACUGUUAAUGCAUUUCUACACAGAAAAACUGGCAUCAAUUUUGACGGUACUUGAUCGGUCAGGUGGACGAAAAGCGCCACUAGUUCGCACGAACGAGCAGUGCAGUGCAAAAGUACGAUCAGCGCCAUGGGGAAAGUUACUGCAUUAAAACGAUGCGUGCUCACUUCUACGCACGCAUGCUAGAAUGCAAGAACAAUGGAAGGCCACUUGGAAGUCAGCGAAUAACAUUCAAGUCAGACUUAGGUCCCUGGAAGACAGAUGGUCGUAAAAUUUGGAGACAGGUUGCGCAGUCAGAUCUCGAAAAUUAAUUAUUAAAAUGGGAAGGAGAAACGCUUUGCUAGGUACAGUAGUCGCUCGCUAUAUUGUGCUUUGACUUUCGUGGCUUUGCUCCACGGUGGAUUUUAGAUGCAGGCACGUCUAGCUACGAACCGGGGUUUUUUCGCUGGUUUGUGGGCCAUUUUCUUUCUGGUACACACUUUCUUAGUUGGUUUGCCCGCUUGAUUUCAUAGACGGGAUGACCGAUAAACUACUCAAUCAGAGCACGCGGCUAAGUGUAUUGGCCGCUGAUUGGCUCAGCAAGGGAGAGCAACAUUCGAUCUAGCUUUGUUUUAACCGACGUCUCGUCUAACGCAUUCAGUAUGAGCGUGUUUCGAUGUGUAAAGUGUUAACUGCUGUGCUUAUGUUUGUUCUUUGUGCAUAAACAUUGUGUUUACGUAAAGUAUUUCAGCGAAUUUUACCUGAUAUUUAAUAGGAUAUACAGGUUUCAUGCUGUAUAACUGUGUGAUAAAUACCUACGAGAAUGUGGAAGGCGGGUUGUAAAGGCCUAAAAUACAUAAAGACGACGAUAAAAACAUUUGGUUUUUAAUUUCGUGGACUUUCACAUCUCGCUGAGGAUUCUGGAACGCAACCCCGCGAUCGAGGAGGGACGAAAGAGCGAUUGCAUGAGUGUAGACAGUCGAUGUUCAUGUGUGUGCACUCAAAACUAUACCAACGAAACGCGAUGGAACGCGUUUUGGCACUAUUUACACCAUCUGAACGUGAGAAUAUAUGAUUCCAAGGGUGCUGCCGUUGAACCCAGACAUUCGAGGGUCCUCGAGUUAUGUUGAGCCCAGCAAAUUCAGGAGAAACACGCCGACAUGUGUCAGAGGCUCCAAGCAUCGGAAAACAAAGCAGCCUACCGUACCAGAAGGCGGACUGAAAGCCCGCUCACCUUUGAUCUCGUAAUGAUUGCGACUCGAUCAAACAAUGGAAUUCCUCCCGUUGCUUAGGUUAGAACUUAAACACUCGAAGAACCAACUGUCAGAUGGCGUUUUGCCGAGAAACAUCGACACUUCCCUUAUCUCUUGAUUAGAUGGGGUAAAGGAGAGACAUUGGCAUGAAUCAGAUUUCAAUCUUGAUAGUGAGGCAUGUGUAAGCGAUUUCGAAUCUUUUGCUGUCAGGUGCUUAUUUUCUGGGCAAAACCCAAGGUUGCUAACGUUAGGAGAUUUUGUUUACGAUAUUCCAAAUGAUGUUAUCAUGAACUGAAGUCAAAUAAAUGCCAAAACCCAGGACGAUGGUUAGGUUUUAGGACCUACUCAAACGCAUCUUCUGGGUACACCGGGCAGCACAAAUGACGAUAGUGCGUUUCGAAACGAGAAUCCACGAGGAAACAAAACCAAGAAGACCGCGCUUUUAUUUAGUUGGACCGCACAGGCGGCUGGUAGCUAGUGCUAACAUUGACUUUAGCACAGAAGGAGCCGCUGGUCGACGGUUCGGUUAAGUUUGCCUCGUUCACAUCAUCUAGUGUGCACGUCAAGGUCACGUUAACUGAUCAAUCUGUGUGUAUGAGGCCUCUAAACGGGCCACGUGUUAGAUGCGCUGGACCAACACGGGGGCCACAUCGUACUCUGGCAGGCGUUAUCUUUGCGCAAUAACAAAUGCCCGCAUCUAGGGGGCGCGCUGGCAGACCCUAUUGUCGGCAAUCGUCGCACAACUGGACCACUGCCAUCACUCUAUUGUUUUGUGGUCAAAAUCCUGGUCAUUUUUGUGUGGACCAGGGGGUGCGGAGUGGAGCGCCAAGGCGAGGAUCCGUCCAAGCCAUCCAUCUGCGGCCUCCCUCGUCUCCGGUCUUCCUGACUCUGUCUUGACACCGGGCUCAGGCGCGGGAGGAGGAGAGAGUGUAGGUAGAUGUUACGCAAGUCUACUGGCACUAUAAACCCCUGCGUAAGUCAGCGUCUCCGCUCCCACAAUGCAGUCUGUGGGACACACGGUGGACAUCGUCGAAAUCGACGGUCGAACUGUCGUAUGAGCCUGACAGUCUAAAGCGCAUGCUGAAAGGCGGCUGGAGCGGCCUUGCAGCUGCGACCCUCCUGAUCAGCUAGCCGUCCCAUGGGGGUGGAAAGCGCUGCCAUGUCAGGCGAGCAGACGAGAUUUUAAGCUCCGGAUGGUGGCUUGUUCUUUUGCUGUGCUCUGAAUGGUGGCUGUUGUCGCCACGCUUACGAUGCCCUAGGUGGAUUUCGAACCCUUCUCAUGCAAGUGGGAUGAUAGGCACCAAUUCACUUGCAGCGAUGUUAUCAAACAGCCUACCCGUACAGACAAUUAUUGACGCUCCGAAGAUCACUUAGACCACCUUUCAGGAUUGUGUGGUGGUCUGGCUUAUCUAUUCAAAAAUAGAGCACUGUUAAAGGAUGUAAGUAAUCUGCAAAUCGGACAAAUUCUGCAAAAUCUUGGAUUUUCGCUUUUUCAUUUCCACAAAAAUUACCUAUGAACUUGGAGUAAGGUGAUACCAAACUCACAGCACAGGUACUAACCAACAGCCCAUACACGUGUGUUUCGCCGAUAUUCUGCCGCUGUAUGGCGCACCUGCGAGGGGUUCAGCUCGUGAGUGGGUACCCCAGCGUUCACCGUCUGUUUACUGGUAGAUACUCCAUGUCGCGCCAUGCAGCGGCAGAAUAUUGGCGUUUGGGCUUUUGGCUACUACGUGUGCUGUGAGUAUGGUAUCACCUUACCCUAAUGUAUACUGCUAACUGCCUAUCGGCAGUUAAUGAGUAUUACGCGGUUACCGGCUGUGGCUGAUGGACUUUGGCCCAAAUAUUCCUGUACAAAAUUCUCGGUCUGAGCCUAUAAACCUUGAAUAAACUGAUCUACUUCAUGUUCGCAGUUAAUUUCUGAGGAAAUUAAAAAGUGACAAUUUCUACAUUUAAGUAUCUACCAGAAAACAGACGGUGAACGCUAAGGAAUCUACUGGCGAGCUGAACCCCUAGCAGCUGCGCCAUACAGCGACAGAAUAUCGGCGAAACACGCGUAUAUGGGCUCUUGGUUAGUACCUGUGCUGUGGGUAUGGUAUCAUCUCACCUUAAAGUCUUGGAUGCCCAGUUUUCUCGUCAAUGAUUCUUUUGGGGUUAAAAAAAUAUUUAAUUUCGGGUAUCCAAUUGGCAGUGUUGGUUGACUUGGUAUUUGGGAAUGUCGGACUUCCAAGAAGGAUACUGAUGAAGAUAAAGAACACCGAGAGGGUUGUUUUGGGGUGUUUAGUCGUUGCCAGACAACCAUAACCAACCCGCGUUCGGAUAAUUAGGAAAUGGAACCCGGAGUUUAUCACAGAACCACGAGUUAGUUGGCCCGUCGGAUACAACUAGCCAUGGCAUGGCAGGAUCACGACGGCUGUCCCGCAAUUCGAACGAUGAACGCGCAACCUCCAAGACAAUGGUUCUGUCGAAGUACAAUGCCCAGGAACAAGAGAGUUCCCAAAUUACAAGUGAGCAAAGACGGACUCGGUAGAGCAAAUCUAACAGCGGCGAGGGAGUGUACGCGCGGCUCAACAGGCGGUGAAAACAAGUGCUCUCAACACCCACGUCGACCGUCUAAACAGUUCGUCCGGGCGCAUAGGGUGUGUCUGCGUCAGUGCUUAGCGCGACUGCGAACUAUCGAUGAAAACAAAAAUAUUGAUCGACGCCACGGCGUGGGCUUCCCAAAGGCUGAGUCAUAUGCGCGCAUACAGUGAUUGACAUGGGCGGCAUGGGCGAACGACCGCGUCAGCGGCUACGAGGGCGGUUUUCCACAAACUACCCAGACUUGAGAUUGGGUAUGUCUAUUCGAGGACGGUUAACAAGCCAGAAAUGGUCAUCCCAGGCUCCCCUGCCCUUGUCAGUAAUCUGUUUCUGCAUAUAUUACUGGUCGUUGUGAGACUGUUUGCGGAUUUAUAGACCCAGUUCCCAAACACAAGGGGGCGAGCAGGCCCGUGGCCCGAUCGAUGAACGUCUUUCCAACAAAAUCAAUAUUCGCGAUCGCAACUGACGGGACAACGGGCCUGAGGCAAAAUGGUAGGGCGUUAGACGUGAUGAACAAAGAUCCCGGCCUCGAACCCUAGGGGUUUGAUACGUCUGACUGUGGAUGGCUAAUAAGCCAAGCAUGCUCAUUCCAACCUCUCCUGCCUUUUUUUGGCUACUUCAGACUAUUGUCAAUAUAUGUGAUCGAAACCCACAGGACAACAAGCCCGUAGCUCAGUGGAUAGCGUUGGACACCUAACUGACAGGUCGCGAGUUCGAGCCCAGGGGUCGCAUACCUUGGGGUUGGGUAUGACAUGGCUAUCCUGGCCUCACUGGUCCUUGUCGGCUAUCUCAUGCUGCCGAUACUGAUUGUCGCUGUGUGAUUGCUGGUGGAGCUCUAGGUCGAGCCCCAAGGUGCAACGGUGCAACAAAUACGAUGCAAGUACUGACCUUCAACAGCAACCGCCCAAUCAGCCACAAACACAGUUGUGUAAGGACGCUCUAUCGGCGUGUCGAAACGCACUGCAGUGAGACGGAAGACAAGAUUGCCGAAAUGCAAUACCUCCGACGGGUCUUCAAAGUCAAUGGCUACCCGCGCAACUUCGUCAACAGGUGCAUACGGAAAAGGGACGAAAGACCUAACUGCACGGACCCCAAAUUUUGGCAAGCACCUUCGUAUGUCAAGAACAUUUCGGAAGCUGUCGGCCGCCUUCUCGCACCACUUGAGGUUGGAGUUGCACACAGACGGAGGCAACUAUCAGGCGUCAGGAACUGAAGCCAAAAGACCGGCUGCCAUGGCAAGAAACGUCUGGAGUCGUUGAUCGGAUCUGAUGUAGUUGCGGACAAAGCAAAUACGUCGGAAAAACCGGAAGGCAGAUCCGAACGAGAAUGGCCGAAUACGCUGCAGCGGUGCGGAGAAAUGACGUCAACUCUCAAGUUGCGGCCCAUUCGACCAGAUCCGGUCACACAUUCAAAUUCGACGAGGCCGAAAUUCUCGCCAGAGGUGACAACAGCGUGAGCUGGGAGCUGCUUGAGUCAUGGUUUGCUGCCCCCCAGUCCAUUAGCAAGUGCAAUGACCUUCCCCUUCCAUACUCAGUGCUGAGACUUCGCCUAGGCGGAGUAAUUAUCCACGUGGGAAGCGCACAGGUCAACACUUUUCCCAACGCCAGGGUCGGUGCGUCAGAUGGUCGAGCAAUCAUCACACCAUCAUCCAACUCACGUGAUGAAAGUGCAGCAAUUAACGACGCGAAUGUCGGCUAUCAAACAGUUAGCACACCAAGUGCAACGAUCCCUGAUGAAGGGGAGAGAGCCGUGAAUAUUCAUAGGUAUGCGGUAGCAAUGAUGACUGCAUCCUAUAAAUACUGCAGUCCCUUGUGUAUGAGCCACCCGUAUCUGCUUUUGUCACUGAUGAUGGGUUCGGGCAGGAAUCCGAAACGUCAGGCUAAUAAAGCCCUUGUCCCAGUGAUCGUGUCUCCUUCUUCAGGGCACUUUUACCAAUAUGUCGUCACGGAUUGCAAAGGCGACGCCAUUACCGCAUCUUUCUGACUUUGGGCGUCUUCCACAGGAGAAGAUGUAGCUGGCACCCACCGUCUGCAGUUGGCUUUGUUCGGUGAAGCGGGUCUCAACGGGAGCAGCGGCGUCCACCUUGUAGAGCGCCGUCCUACAAACCGGCCGAUUGCUCCUAACAUUACAGGCAGACUGAAAGAGUGGACUCACCUUAGCAGCCUUUGGGUUGGAACGGAAAACAGAGGAACAAGGGUUGUGGAGGUUAUUUAUUGGACUUCGACCACGAGGUUUGCAUCUACGAGCCACGGUAUACUCGCAGAUGGCAUGAUUUCCCAGCAUUUAUUUAGGUCACCUUCCCUAAAUAAGGCUGUUUAGACAGUCCAGACGGCCGUCCAAGUCCAUUAUGGCUCAUCACCUUGUUUAGUAAAGAGUGAUCCAACUUAACCUGGACUGCCCACGGGACUGCGUGUCGCCCUUUACUCAGGGAAUUUAAGUGGAAUUCAUCUCAAUAUUGACACACCUAACGCACCUUGCACAUCCGCAGACUCCCUUAUCCCCAACUCAAUCAAUUCAGCAUCAACCAGCAAGCCCGCCACCAGCUGUCGCUGUGCAUGCAUGUGACGCAUCGGCCUGGUGGGUUACUUGCGGAUGUAUUGUACAGAGAGUGGCGCACCAGAGCCUGGAGCACCGACAUACACCCACCGCCACCAUCUCAACUGCCCGCACGGUCCUCGCACUUUCGCAUGGGCCUAUUUGGCCACAUGGAACCCCAUGAAAACUUACGGUAAUUACCCGCAAGCGGGACCAAAGCCCCGCGUAUUUCCUCCACCAACGCAUGCUCCACAAAAAUGAAUAGCUCCAACAUCUUACACCACCAGCACCUCACAUAAAUGAAGGUGUGCUCUUCAGCUCUUUUCUCAUCUGCUAAAUUUGGGAUCCGAGCAGACUACCCCCUCUUUAGUGAAAUCCUGUGUGUGUGUGUGUGUGUGUGUGUGCCCUCUAAACGGGCCACGUGUUAGAUGUGCUGGACCAACACGGCGGCCACAUCGGACUCUGGCAGGCGUUAUCUGUGCGCAAUAACAAAUGCCAACAUUUGCGGGGUGCGCUGGCAGACUCCGUUGUCGGCAAUCGCCGCACAACUGGACCACUGCCAUCACCCCAUUGUAUUGUGGUCAAAAUCCUGGUCAUUUGUGUGUGGACCAGGGGGCGCGGAGUGGAGCGCCAAGGCGAGGAUCCGUCCGAGCCAUCCACCUGCAGUCUCCCUCGUCUCCGGUCUUCUUGACUCUGUCUUGACACCGGGCCCAGGCGGGGGCGGAGGAGAGAGUGUAGGUAGAUGCUACGCAAGUCUACCGGCACUAUAAACCCCUGCGUAAGUCACGUCCCUGCUCCCACAAUGCAGUCUGUGGGGCACACGGUGGAUAUCGUCGACAUCGACGGUCGAACUGUCGUGUGUGCGUGAGGUGUAGGGGUUUCAGCGGUGGGUUCACGUGAUGGUCGUAGUGGUCGCUCACUUGCUUGCAGGUGAGACUACGCCUAGCGUCCACUUGCUGGCACCUAACUCUCACCUGUGGCUCCAUGUACCUGGGCUCUGCUCAGCGGCCACACCCCGGGCAACCGUCUCCACCGACGGGCUAAACCAGGUGAGGGUAUCCGUGCGUGCAUCUGCACGCGCUGUAAUGCGGUCUGCGCUAGCCGGAUGGAUCUUCGCGUCGACACCGUCGAGACGAGGCUCUUCCUGGACCAUCGCAGGAGGCCACCAGGUAAGUUCUUCUUCAGGUAAGUGCAUUUGCUCUGUUUCUUCCUUUUGUCUGUUGAAGUGCCGUGUCGUAUGCUGCUCUUGCUGCCUGCCCUCUAUAUGCUAGUCUGUCUGUUAAUAGCUAAAUGAAACUCUCGAUGCCUGCUGCGACUGUAUGUCUGUCAGUCUAUGCCUCUCUCUGCUAAUAGCUACGUGUUACGGUGCUUGACUUUGAGUGGUGCCCUCACAUUUGUAUCUGACUGAUGACCGUGUCCGCUUGUCCACCCUAGCUAGCUGUAAGUCCCAUAGCGUUAGGUUGUGUGUAUGCUCUCUCCUACUUCACUCCCUCACAUCACCAUCACCACCAAGGUCCCAGGCUAAUUCGGGUCGUUCUCUCACUAACAAAAAGUGGCCCAUAGUGGAGUCCGGCAGCCGUCUGGGAUAACCGGGCAGCCCUGUUCGGGGAUGCGUUGCCUGCCCUCGCUAGGGGGAGGGGGCUAGAAAAGGUGCCCUAAAGAUCGCUGGGAACCACGCUGUCUGUAGGCUGGCCGUGGCCGCAGACAAAAAAACCACACGGUCGAGACAGCCAAAACCGAAACAACAACAACAAUCACUCUCUUCCUCUUCCAGCCUAUUCUUCUUCUUCUUCUCCUACUCCUACUUUUCGCCGCCGCAGUCGCCAGACUGGCAGGGUGAGCCCGCUCACUCUGGCAGCGUGGAAUGUUCGUUCCCCUUUAGACAAUCCGAGGAGCAACCGACCGUAA